AGUCCUACGCGCAUGCGCUGCAGGUGACAACAGGGACCCGGCCGGCCAGAAAGCUACCCCAGCAUCGCUCACCCUCCCCGGGAAACAUCCCAUCAGGCUAUAUCUUCUAGAUGGGAUAAACUGUAACCAUGUUCAGCUUUGAGGGAGAUUUCAAAACAAGGCCGAAGGUUUCGCUAGGAGGCGCGAGUAGAAAGGAAGAAAAAGCUUCCCUUCUGCACCGUACUCAGGAGGAGAGACGUAAGAGAGAGGAAGAACGAAGGAGGCUGAAGAACGCAAUAAUCAUCCAGUCCUACGUACGAGGCUACAGGGACAGAAAACUGCAAUACGCCAUUCAGAGAAGUGAAUUCGAUUACUGUGUCAAUUCCGCUUCGGCCAAUGGGAGUGCGGCUAACGGCGCCAACCUCAUCCUCUUAGUACGGAAGCUCCUAUUUUUUUACAGACAGAGUGAGGAUUCCAAACGAUUGAUAUGGAUAUGUCAGAACUUAAUAAAGCAGAAUUCCCAGUUUGUAAAACAGCUGUUGGGUCCAGACAGACUCACCUGUCUCUACCAGAUCAAGAGACUCUUGGGGUUAUGUUGCAGGUUGUUGCAGAAUUGUCAUGACGACAGCCUGAAUGUUGCACUACCGAUGAGGAUGUUGGAGGUUUUUGCAUCAGAAAACACAUAUUUGCCUGUUCUACAAGACGCCAGAUGCGUGGCUGCGCUAGUUGAACAAAUUUUGCACUACAUGAUUCUAAAAGGAUUCUACAGGUCUCUCUACUUGUUAAUUAAUAACAAACUUCCACCGAGCGUUGAAUAUGCAGAUGUCUCCAGAGUACCCAUCGCUAAAGUACUGCUAGAAAAUGUUCUGAAACCUUUGCACUUUACGUAUAACUCCUGUUCUGAGGAUGCGAGGCAGCAGGUUUUCACGGCGUUUACCGAGGAGUUCCUGGCUGCACCGUACACGGAUCAGAUAUUCCAUUUCAUCAUCCCCGCUCUCGCAGACGUGCAAACCGCUUUCCCGUAUGAGCUUUUUCUGGAUGCGCUGCUUGCUAGCGAGUCCCAGCGUGCGAGGAAAUGCGAUAAAGCCCCCUGGCUCUUCUACUUUGUGCUGACGGCUGGAGAAACAUAUUUAGGAAGCUUGUCAGAAGAAGGAAUGCUUGUUUACUUGAGAGUCCUCCAGAUGUUUCUCACCCAGCUCCCUGUGUCAUCGUCCAGCGCAAACCAUCAAGAGCUCACAAGCGACUCAGAAGAUGACGACGACGACAUUAGCAAGAUGGCUACCACCAUUGGUGACGGUAAGAUGUCGGUGCAGUAUAUCACCGAGGAGUGUCUAAAGAAACUGGAUACCAAGCAGCAGACCAAUACCCUGCUCAGCAUGGUGUGGAGAGAUUCAGCCAGCGAGGAAGUCUUCACUUUGAUGGCCUCCAUAUGCCACACGCUAAUGGUGCAACACCGGAUGAUGGUGCCAAAAGUCAGGCUUCUCUACAGUCUGGCUUUUAACGCUAGAUUUUUAAGACAUCUUUGGUAUCUGAUCUCUUCAAUGACAACGAAAAUGAUCACCGGGUCUAUGGUGCCGCUCAUUCAGGUGAUCUCCAGAGGCUCACCGAUGUCGUUAGAGGAUUCCAAUCGGAUCAUCCCCUUGUUUUAUCUGUUUAGUUCACUAUUUAGCCAUUCCCUUAUUUCGAUACAUGACAAUGAAUUCUUUGGUGACCCCAUUGAAGUGGCCGGCCAGAGACAAUCCUCAAUGAUGCCUUUCACGUUGGAGGAGUUGGUAAUAUUAUCCCGCUGCCUUCGAGAUGCUUGCCUAGGAAUCAUCAAGUUGGCUUAUCCUGAAACCAAGCCAGAAGUGCGAGAAGAAUAUCUUGCAGCAUUCAAAAGCGUUGGUGUUACCACCAACAUCGAAAUGCAACAACGUAUCCAAACAGAGCAGAAACGGUGGAUCCAGCUCUUCAAGGUUAUUACCAAUUUGGUGAAAAUGUUGAAGUCUCGGGACACGAGAAGAAAUUUCUGUCCCCUGAAUCACUGGUUGUCAGAACAAGAAAAUAUCAAGGCCGAUAAGAUUACUCAGCUGUACGUACCAUCUGCUAGACAUGUGUGGAGAAGGAUGGGAGUCAGGGGAAUGGGAAGAAUCGGACCCCUACAGUCAACCUUAGAUGUGGGCAUGGAGCCAGCACCCCUGUCUGUUUCCGAAGAGAGGCAGCUGGCAAUAUUAACCGAACUUCCCUUCGUAGUGCCCUUUGAAGAAAGAGUUAAGAUCUUCCAAAGACUAAUCUACGCGGACAAACAGGACGUUCAAGGAGAUGGACCUUUUCUGGAUGGAAUCAACGUUACCAUUAGAAGAAACUAUAUUUAUGAGGAUGCCUACGACAAACUAUCUCCAGAGAAUGAGCCUGAUCUGAAAAAACGGAUCCGUGUCCAUCUGCUCAACGCACACGGUCUGGAUGAGGCCGGCAUAGACGGCGGUGGAAUAUUUAGGGAAUUUUUAAAUGAACUUCUGAAAUCUGGCUUUAAUCCCAAUCAGGGAUUUUUUAAGACUACAAAUGAAGGGCUCCUCUAUCCUAACCCUGCAGCGCAGAUGCUUGUGAGCGACUCCUUUGCGAGACAUUAUUACUUCUUGGGACGAAUGCUUGGAAAGGCUCUGUAUGAGAACAUGCUCGUGGAGCUGCCGUUCGCUAGUUUCUUCCUGUCGAAGUUGUUGGGCACGAGCGCCGAUGUCGACAUUCACCACCUGGCGUCCUUGGAUCCCGAAAUGUACCGGAAUUUGCUCUUCCUGAAGAGCUACGAAGGGGACGUGGAAGAACUGGGCUUAAACUUUACAGUGGUCAACAAUGACCUUGGUGAGGCCCAGGUUGUAGAAUUAAAAAUGGGAGGAAAAGAUAUUCCAGUGACGAGCGCGAACCGAAUAGCCUACAUCCACCUGGUAGCGGACUACAGGCUCAACAAGCAGAUCAGGCAGCACUGCCUGGCCUUCAGACAGGGCCUGGCCAACGUCGUCAAUCUGGAAUGGCUCCGCAUGUUCGACCAGCAGGAGAUCCAGGUUUUGAUUUCCGGAGCUCAGGUUCCUAUCUGCCUUGAUGAUCUGAAGUCCUUCACAAACUAUUCAGGAGGCUAUUCCGCUGACCAUCCAGUGAUCAAAAUAUUUUGGAGAGUGGUUGAAAAUUUUACAGAUGAGGAAAAGCGGAAACUGCUUAAGUUUGUGACAAGUUGCUCCCGACCUCCCUUAUUAGGAUUUAAAGAACUCUAUCCCGCUUUUUGUAUCCACAACGGAGGCUCUGACCUGGAACGGCUGCCGACGGCGAGCACCUGCAUGAACCUGCUCAAGCUCCCCGAGUUCUACGACGAGAAUCUGAUGAGGGGCAAAUUGCUUUACGCCAUAGAAUGCGCAGCGGGCUUCGAGCUGAGCUGAGACGGGGUUAAGGUUUACGCUCCAAAGAUUUCUAACCGAUGUCUGCUUAGAAUUCACCAUCAAACUCCGUAGUUUCUGGAGAUCAGGUCACAUCAAGAAGCCAUUUUAAAUUCCACCUUGAUGGCCUUCCCAGAUCUCGUCUAGAGUUAAGAUUGAAACGUCCCGUGGGUGCCCUCCCAGAAAAGAGCACAUUUCAAACAAAAAUGGCAUCUCUACGAAAUUAACCAAAGACGAUGUCGGGGCUUUCAAGCUGUUUGGCAAUACGUUUAUACAACGAAUAAAGCGACUGGUCCCUCGAUGCUAUGGAACAAGCCUCUGGAUCUGCUGGAGGAAAGAAAAACAAGAAGUUAUAUAUCUGCCUAUAGCCAAGAAAAGGGUUAAUUAAAAGCGUGACUAAUCAUUUUUCUCGCCUCACAAAUAAUAAUUAAAUUACCGUUUUCAGAUUCUGUGGCUCGCUACCUUUCACCAUAAUUGUCAUUUAUUGUAUUUUAUUUGCUAUUUCUACAGAAUUCCUUUUUGAAGGGCCCUUAGUUUUAAGUGCUUCUGUACCAUGUACACUAUGAUGGGAUAUAUACAGAUGUGAAUAUAAUUUGCUUUAAUUUGUAUUUGGUUUCCAUUCUGUACAGACUUAAUUUUUUUUUUUUUUUUACCGAUUUCUUUUUGUCGUGUAGCACAGUCCUGGCUAUGGAGAUAAUUAUACUAUAACAUCUAUUAAAUAUUAUUUCAAAUAAA